GCCUUUCCUCGCACGUCUCGUCUGAUCGACUUUUUUUUCAUGUGCAGCGAACGAAACAUCAAUCGUUGUGACGUGGUGAAAAAUUUCGGCAAAUAUUCCAUCCGCAGCCUCAUAAUUUUGUGCAAUUCCGGUCGGAAUCGGUGCUAGUGGCUGACGAGCUUGCGGAGGAAGGUAUUUUCUAUAUCCAACGUGCAGCAGUGGACGCAAAAAGUGUAAUUUAAACGCACCGAAAAUGAGCUCAUUUAAACGGGAUAAAAAAGAGGAGGAGGAAGGGGGAAGUAAUCCCUUCAUGAAUCUUGAAAAAACUGCGGUGCUGCAAGAAACACGAAUGUUCAAUGAAACUCCUGUCAAUGCACGCAAAUGCACCCACAUUCUGACCAAGAUCUUGUAUCUCAUCAAUCAGGGUGAACAAUUGGGAUCCCGCGAAGCUACCGAGUGUUUUUUCGCCAUGACGAAACUGUUUCAGUCAAAAGAUGUGGUAUUGCGUCGUAUGGUUUAUUUGGGUAUCAAAGAACUUAGUCCGAUUGCGGAGGAUGUCAUUAUUGUUACCAGCUCAUUGACGAAAGAUAUGACAGGCAAGGAGGAUUUGUACCGUGCUCCGGCCAUUCGUGCACUUUGCAGUAUCACGGAUAGUACGAUGUUGCAGGCAGUUGAACGUUAUAUGAAGCAGUGUAUUGUGGAUCGUAAUGCAUCAGUGUCGAGUGGAGCCCUGGUAAGCUCAUUGCAUCUGACUAACAGUGCUGGAGAAGUAGUGAAGCGCUGGGCCAACGAGGCACAGGAAGCUCUAAACAGUGACAACAUUAUGGUUCAAUAUCAUGGCCUGGGACUUUUGUACCAUAUAAGAAAAACCGACCGACUGGCCGUAACAAAGCUGGUUAAUCGUUUGACCAAACAAAAUCUGAAGAGUCCUUAUGCAGUUUGUUUCCUGAUUCGCAUUGCAUGCAAAAUCAUCGAGGAGGAGGAUGCCGCUGGAAAUUCGGGUGCUGAAUCUCCGCUGUUUGAUUUUGUCGAAUCUUGCCUGAGGAACAAAAGCGAAAUGGUUGUCUAUGAAGCCGCACAUGCAUUUGUAAAUCUCAAGCGAACAAAUCCACGAGAGUUGUCUACAGCGGUCAGCAUUUUGCAACUGUUUUGCGGUUCAUCAAAGGCAACAUUAAGAUUCGCAGCUGUUCGAACAAUGAACAAAGUUGCUAUGCUUCACCCACCAGCAGUUAACGUGUGUAAUCUUGAUCUAGAGGGGCUGAUUGCGGAUUCUAACCGGUCAGUUGCCACUUUGGCUAUAACAACUUUGCUUAAAACAGGUGCUGAGAGCUCUGUGGAACGGCUGAUGAAGCAAAUUGCAACCUUUGUUGCCGAAAUAUCCGAUGAGUUCAAGGUAGUUGUGGUUCAAGCUAUUCGUGCUCUUUGUUCGAAGUUCCCGCGCAAGCACGGUGUUAUGAUGAAUUUCUUGAGUGGUAUGCUUCGUGAAGAAGGUGGUUUGGACUACAAAACUUCAAUCGUUGACACAAUCAUUCUGAUUAUCGAAGAAAAUCCAGAAGCUAAAGAAUCGGGACUCUCGCAUCUCUGUGAGUUUAUUGAGGAUUGCGAGCAUACUUCGUUGGCGGUGAGAAUUCUACACCUGCUCGGAAAAGAAGGUCCAUACUCGAAGUGUCCAUCGCGCUACAUUCGAUUCAUAUACAACCGUGUAAUUUUGGAAAAUGCCACUGUUAGGGCUGCAGCCGUUGCUGCCAUUGCUCAGUUUGGUGCUUCCUGUCCGGACUUGCUGCCAAAUGUGCUGGUCCUGCUAAAUCGUUGCCAGAUGGAUUCUGACGACGAGGUUCGUGACAGGGCAACGUACUACUAUACCAUUUUAAACACGGCUAAUCCGGAGUUGAACAAGUCCUACAUCAUAGACAGUGGUAUUGUUUCGCUGCCGCUGUUGGAGAAAUCACUGAAGGAUCACCUAAAUGGGCCACUGACGGAGAGAUUCGACAUUUCCAUCGUUCCAAAAUCACAGACCGUGCAGCCGGAAGUCACCGAUGAAGUUAUGAUCAUGAACAACACAAUUCCGAAAGCUCCACGCAUCACACGCGAGGAAGCCAACACUGAAAAACUGAUGCAGAUUCCUGGCAUCCAUCGACUUGGGGCCCUGCACAAAUCAUCGUCACCGGUGCAGCUCACCGAAAGCGAAACCGAGUAUACUGUAUCCUGUAUUAAGCACUGCUUCGCGCAUCACGUUGUUUUCCAGUUCGACUGCGUUAAUACCUUAUCCGAUCAACUACUCGAAAAUGUUCGCGUUGAUUUGGUCCUGCCGGACGAAUACGUUACCCGAGCGGUAAUUCCGUGCCAGAAGCUUCCCUAUGGUGAAAAGGAGUCCACCUACGUUAUAGUUGAGUUCCCACCGAACCGAGCCAGUUCGAUUGCUGCGUUCGGAGCUACGCUACGGUUUGUUGUGAAAGAUUGUGACCCUACGACCGGUUUACCCGAUUCCGACGAAGGCUACGAUGACGAAUAUAUGCUAGAGGACAUCGAAAUAACCGUAGCUGACCAAAUCCAGAAGUCUAAGAAACAAAACUUUAAUGCCGCUUGGGAUAGCGCGGAUACAGAAGAAUGGGUCGAGGCAGAAGAAACAUUCGUGUUGGCGACUGUAAACAGUUUACAGGAAGCCGUCAAUACCAUCCUGAAAUUCCUUGGUCUUGCCCCAGCCAAUCUAUCGGAGAAAGUAGCCGACGGUGCACAUACCCACUUGUUACUGUGCUCAGGCUCAUUCCGCGAUGGCAUAGAGAUAUUGGUUCGUUCAAAGUUGGUAAUCGCCGACAGUGUGACGAUGCAUUUGACGGUCCGAUCGACGGAUUCUGACGUAGCGGAACUAAUAACAUCUGCAGUAGGUUGAAACAACAGAACAAAAACCCUAAAUCAAAUAUUCUCUUCUAAGCACCGAGAACACUACGGACAUGAUUGUAUUCACACUCAUACUCUCAAUAACCCCUUGAUGUGCAAGAGAGUUCAUUCUUUUUAUGUUAUAAACAUUGGAAGUAUCUAUUCAAGAAGUUAGUGUUAAGUUUUCGUCGGCAUUCGUUAGUGACUAUUAGAGUAUAGUGUGGAUGAUAGUAGAAAAAUCAUUAUCUAGCAGAAGCGGCAAUCGUAAUCGGGCUCCUGCAUAAACCACACAGAGCUAAAAGGUUAUGAUAAUAAAGUACGAGUAAAAAAUAGUGGCAAGAACAUGUGAAUAAUUGUAUUAAUACUUUUGCUGAGAAAUGAAAUAAUAUAAAUUUUUUCUUUUAAUCAACAAACGAAA